AUGCAGUGCAUGGCGGCGCCUCAGCGCGCGUACCGCCGGCUCUUUGCGCUGCUGCUGACGCUCACGAUCGAGCUCUUUGUCGCGUUUGUGAUUUCGCGCUAUACGCACACGCUGGAGACGUUUCCGCUGCUCAUGGCCUUUAUGCCCGUCAUCUCGGCCGUCUCGGGCAACGUCGGACUGCAGUCCUCGAGCAUUGUCACGCGCGCGCUCGCCCUCGGGCUCGUGUCGCUGGACGAGGCGGCCGACGCGCUGCGCCGCGAGGUUGAAGCGGCGCUGCUUCUCGGGCUUGCGCUGGGCCUCGUCACAGGCGUCAUUGCAGGCCUCUGGCAGCAGUGGGUCGUCUUUGGCGUUGUUGUUGGCGUCUCGCAGUUCGCUUCGAUUAUGACCGCGUCCAUCACGGGCUCGGCGGCGCCGCUCGUCGGGAAAUACUUCAACUACGACCCGGCGACGACCGCAGGACCCAUGGAGACGGCCAUCCAAGACGUCGUGGGCAACUCGUUCUUUUUGAUUUUUGCGUCGUCGCUUCUGACCUUUCUGGGGUAA